GUUCAAGCGGACAGUGGAAACCCACGCUAUCUGACGUAACUGCGUCACCUAGCCACGAAAUGGCGUCUCUUCUCAUUUAUUGAGCCACGCCAUAUUCGUGAAUUAGAAUUAGAAGGAAUUCCGGGAUAUUUCGUGAAAAUAUUGCGUAUUUUCAUAGAAAAAUAGUGUUAGCCGCUAAACGUCAGUGUAUUUUGACAUUUUUGUAAAUCGCCAUUAAGUUUUUUUUUUAAUUUUUACUUUUUCUAUUUUCGAUUUCUUUUUUUUAAUUAAAAAAAAAACAAACGCCAACGCCAAUCUAUUCCGACAGGCUUUGGAUUUCUCCCUUUACGAGACCCAUUUGCGAGAAGCAUGUCUAGUUUAGCUAACCAGCAGAAGACCAUUCGGCUGGUUAACGUUGUGCCAGCUCCUAAAAUCACAAAGAUAAAGGUAAGAAAAGUAGUGGAGGAUGAAGAAGACACAGUGUGCUGUCGGCUGUGUGGCAAAUCCUUUGCCAAUGAGCGAGCUCUGGGAAACCAUGCUCGUAUGGAGCAUAUGGACGCAUACGCCAGUGGGGACCCAAAUGUGUGGACACAGGAACUGUUUGCUGGCAAGAAGGCUCGCAUCGCAGCAGAGAACCAGCUUAUCCAGCAACGCACGGAGCAGAUGCUGUCCGUCAUGGAGCCCACCAGCCUCACCAGCCUUGCCUCUUCAGAUGUCAGCUACAUCAUUAUCAAAGCGGAAGAUCAGGAGCUAGCGGAGACUGCUACCGUCACCAAGCGGCGGAAGGUUGAGAAGGCCAAGGAAAAAGUGGUCGUCAUGAGGAAGGAGAAAGAAGCACAGCCCAUCACUGGUCCAUUCGAGUGCCUCCAACCAUCGGCGAGCAUCUCGGGCGGCACGUGCCACCAGAUCUUCUUCUCGUGCUGCGAGUACUCGGCGCACCACCGCGACGAGCACACCCGGAGACGCAAGGGGGUCCGCUGUCAAGUCUGCGAGGCUCCUCUGAUGUCUGCCCACAGUUCACCUCAUGUUUGCCAGGUGUGCGGGCAGAACUUUGAGACGAUAGACGCGCUGACCGACCACACCAACUCUGCGCACGUCAAGCUCAAGCCAUACGAGUGCAACCUCUGCCACAAGCGGUUCACACAACAGGGCGGCGUUGCGCAACACAUGCGCAUGCACACCGGCGACCGCCCCUUCCCCUGCACCUUCUGCCCUAAAGCCUUCACACAGAAAUCAGGCCUAGAUCAGCACCUUAGAAUUCAUACAAAGGAAAAACCCUACCGCUGCGUAAUAUGCGACAAGAAAUUCUGCCAAUCCGUCCAUCUCAAGCAACACAUGCGCACGCACACACACGUGGCGCCCUUCCAAUGCGCCAUCUGUCAAAAACGCUUCAAACAAUCCAGCCAUCUCACCUAUCACCUGCGGGCACACAACGCUAAUGCUGACAAAGAGUUCUAUGUUGGUGAGAAGGAAGUCGUAGAGGUAGAAAUAUCGCAAGAUGUCGCUAUGUACGCGGAGCUGAAAGAAACGUAUAUAGUUGGUGAUGCGUGGGAACAGAAACAGGAACAGGAACAAGAGGAGGAACAGGAAACUUAGUUGAUUUGAGUUUAAAGUUCGUACCUGUUGUACAGUUAAUUACUGAUUGGAGUAUUGAACCUCCUAAAUGGUCUUGAGGAUUUUACUUUUUGUAAAACGUUAAGAAUCUUAAUUUUUUCGGUGUAUGCCCAUUUGUACCCGCGCUACGCAUACACGAGGCGGGGACAAAUCGGAAUGAUUUAUAUGAAAAACCUAUUCCCAUCUGUUCCCGGCGAAGACAAAUGGGAAUACACCAUUUUUUAGCGAAGACUUUUGCCGGUAUUUGUUUUUGCGGUUAUAGUGGUAUAUCAUAUCACUCAGUAGGGAAUUUUCGCGAAAUGUUCAGACUAGUGCUGCACUCUAGUGGCAGAACAUUGCAGUAAUAUCCCCUGUUAUUCGGGCGUGCUUCGUGCAGUAGUUAGGUUAAGGUACAGCGAGAAAUAGUUAUUUACGAUACAAGUGCGGAAAAGAGGAAAUUCGAAACGAGUGGCGAUAAAUUAAAACACGACCGCAGGGAGUGUUUUAAAUCGACACGAGUUGCGAAUUACCUUUUCGCACGUGUAUCGUACAACGUUUUACAGUACAUAUGGCCCUUUAAACUUUCGACAUAUGCACGAAAAGUGCUAUUUGACGCACUAGUGCGAGAAAGUAGCACCAUAUGUACUGUAAAAAAUGUUCUGUAUUUAGGGAUGUGUAACAAUGAUUUGUGAGCUUCAACCGAUUUCGAUUUUAUUAGACAAAAUUCUGUACGUAGUACUAUUAUCUGUAGUUAUAUCUAUUGGGCCGUAGCAGACAUAUUAAUUGUUUAUCUGGUUCAUUCUUCAGAUUUGUGCCUGCGUUUAAACUCCAUCAAUCGUACUAGAUGUAUGAAAAGUUUGACGGUGUUGAGGCUGACCGCAGUCAUAUAAUUUAUUAAUUAUAAU